AUGGCGCUCAACAUGAAGACCCUGACGCAGGCGCUGGCGAAGGCGUCGGCGGUGAUCGAGAAGACGGUGUCCACGACGGUGCAGGAGGUGACGGGCCCGCGCCCGCUGCAGGACUACGAGCUGCUGGACCAGGCCGGGUCCGGCGGGCCGGGGCUCGCGUGGCGGAUCUACACGGCGCGGCCGCGGGACGGCGCCCCCUCGGCGCCCUACCCCGUCGUCUCCGUCUGGGUGCUCGACAAGCGCGCCCUCGCCGAGGCGCGGGCGCGGGCGGGGUUGUCGAAGGCAGCCGAGGACGCCUUCCUCGACCUCGUCCGCGCCGACGCGGUGCGGCUCGUCCGCCUGCGCCACCCGGGCGUGCUCCACGUCGUGCAGGCGCUCGAUGAGACCAAGGCCGCCAUGGCCAUGGCCACCGAACCCGUCUUCGCCUCCGUAGCUAACGCGCUCGGGUGCCUUGACAACGUCGUCAAGGUGCCCAAGGAGCUCAAGGGCAUGGAAAUGGGGCUACUUGAGAUUAAACAUGGACUGCUACAAGUUGCGGAGACGUUGGAUUUUCUUCAUAACAAUGCUCAUCUUGCCCAUCGAGCUAUAUCGCCUGAGACGGUCUUUAUAACUUCUAAUGGAUCUUGGAAGCUUGGUGGGUUUGGUUUUGCUCUUUCGGUUGAUCAAGCCACAGGUGGUUUGACUUCAUCACAGCUAUUCCAUUAUUCGGACUAUGAUGUCGAGGAUACAGCUUUACCUCUUCAACCAUCGUUGAACUAUACUGCACCAGAAUUGGUCCGAAGUGGAGAUUCUAAAGUUGGCUCUGCUUGCGACAUGUUUAGCUUUGGAUGUCUAGCUUACCAUCUGGUUGCUCGUAGACCACUUCUGGACUGCCAUAACAAUGUUAAAAUGUACAUGAAUGCCUUGACAUAUUUAACAAGUGAAGCCUUUUCUAAUAUUCCUUCUGAUUUGGUAUCGGAUUUGCAAAGGAUGCUAUCGAUGGAUGCAGUAUCGCGUCCUAGUGCUAUGGCCUUUACAGGUUCUCCUUUCUUCCGGGAUGAUACGAGGUUGCGUGCUCUUCGUUUCCUUGAUCAUUUGCUUGAGAGAGAUAAUAUGCAGAAGACAGAGUUUUUGAAGGCAUUAUCAGAUAUGUGGAAGGAUUUCGACUCCCGAGUUCUUCGAUAUAAAGUUCUUCCUCCUCUUUGUGCUGAGUUACGCAACAUGGUUAUGCAGCCAAUGAUUUUGCCUAUGGUUCUAACGAUAGCAGAAUCUCAGGAUAAAGGGGAUUUUGAACUCGCAACACUGCCUGCGCUUGUUCCAGUGUUUACUUCAGCAUCAGGUGAAACUCUACUUCUGCUUGUGAAGCAUGCAGAUCUCAUCAUUAACAAGGCCACACAGGAACAUUUGAUAUCACAUGUUCUUCCAAUGCUGGUCCGGGCUUAUGAUGACAAUGAUCCCCGGUUACAGGAAGAAGUUCUGCGUCGAACAGUACCACUGUCUCGUCAACUUGACACCAAGCUAGUCAAACAGGCUGUGCUUCCUCGUGUGCAUGGAUUAGCUCUAAAGACCACAGUUGCUGCGGUGCGUGUGAAUGCGCUGCGCUGUUUAGGAGAUCUUGUGCCAUCCCUGGACAAAGAAGGUAUACUGGGUAUCUUGGAGACUGUUAGGCGUUGCACAGCUGUUGACCAUACAGCGCCAACUCUUAUGUGCACACUUGGUGUUGCUAAUGCAAUCUAUAAACAAUGCGGUGUUGAGUUUGCUGCGGAAUAUGUGAUUCCUCUCAUCUUCCCAUUGCUCACAGCACAUCAACUGAAUGUACAACAAUUUGCCAAGUAUAUGCUUUUUGUCAAGGACAUUACAAGCAAGAUUGAAGAGAAGCGUGGUGUGACUGUUACAGAUAAUGGGAACACAGAGGUAAAAGCAUCACCUUCAUUGGCAAAUGGGAUCCAUUCUGAACCUAUGUCAGGACAAAUACCAGCUGCAAAGAGCAGCCCUGCAUGGGAUGAAGACUGGGGUCCUAGUAAGAAAACCGGUGUUCCAUCUCUCUCAGUUGAUUCUAGUGCACAAACAAAGCAACCCUCAGUAGACCCUUUUGACUUCAGUACUCAAACAAAGCAAUCCACAACACUCCCCUUUGAUUUGAGCACCAAAGCAAAGCAGCCAUCAUUAGUUUCUCAGGUUACAGCGGCUACAAUCCCACCUGCGCAACCACAACCAUCACUACAAUCUCUUGUGCCCAGUUCAGGACCUCAAACUUCUGGCUCAUGUGUCCCUGUUGACAUUGAGUGGCCUCCUCGAAGAAGCUCGUCAUCCGACUUCAAUGCACCCUUGUCUAUUAGCAAGGAGAAUGAUUCUGGAAGGUUGUCUAUCGAUGGACUUGAUGAUAUUGAUCCUUUUGCUGAUUGGCCCCCAAAAUCUAGCAACGUUACUAGCAUUUCAGCAACCGAGCAUCGACCGAGCACAAAUCAAAAUAUUUCUGGAUUUAGCUCAGGUAACAUAGGGUUUGGUGGCAGCGGGAAUUCUAUAGGGCAAAUGAAAAGCAACCAAAUGAGCUGGUCAAACACGUCUAAUCUAAUGGGCAUGAACUCAACUGGCAGCUAUUUGAAUCAGGGCAAUGCAGCUCUAGGUUUUGGAAAUCCAAUUGGAGGAUUGAGCACAGGUCUCUCCAAUCCAAGUAGUUCCAGUACAGGUCUGAGCAUGAUGCAACCAAAAUCUGAUUUUGGAUCACUGUCCAUGUCGGCCAACAAUGCCGCACAUGGCCCACCCAGACUUGCCCCUCCUCCAUCCACUUCAGUUGGAAGAGGGCGUGGUAGAAAUCAGGGACAGUCAGCACUCUCCCGAGCAUCAAGGCCGCCUCAUUCCAACCCGUCAUCAGGACAACAACCUAUCCUGGAUUUACUUUAG